ACGCAAAAACUGAACGCCCCUCCUCACCGGGUCCAAAAAUGACAUCACAUUUUGUAAUUCCCACGUAGAGACCAGUCAGCCAGUGCGCUCCCGCUGAGCUCCUCUACGGCACGCAGUUUCCAGAUGCAGGCGCAGAAACCUAAAGGAGAAGCUGAAUGUGUGCAUGACGGAUUAUAAACUUUUUGCGUGGGACUUUUGGCUUCAGAUCCUGCUGUGACACAACUUGUAAAACUUUUCUUUCUUUUAUUUUUUUAAAAGUAAUCUAACCUGUGUCGUUUUUAUUACUUCUACAACUUCUUUAUUGUAAAAUCUUUAAAGUUGGACGCAUUGUCUGCUUUAUCCUGGAAAAAUGACUGGCCCGUCUUGGGUUUGUCCUUAUGUGGGGAAUUAGGCUGUGUCAGAAAAUAACCAGGUACGGUUCUCAAGAGAAAUGGAAGUUUGCCAGCAUAUUCGACUUUUUACUGCUUUUGUCUUGUGUUUUAAGGUCUGCGCUCAGGUGGUGCCAAAUGAAAAUCAUCCAGGCCUGCAGGUGUUGGCCGAAGCUUCACAUUAUUGGCCGCUGGACGCAGUGGAUGGAAUUCAUGAGCUGUGGGACCAGACUGGAAGCAGAUCACGUUAUGUCAACGACCGUGACAUAACUGUCAGAAUCCACAACCACACUGUGCUCCCUUCUUCCCAUAACUCUUCCUAUGUGCAUACCAAUGACUCUGCCUACACUAACAUUUCUGCAAUAGUAGACAUCGUUGAAGGAGUAUACAACAGGGGCAUCUUUCUGGACAACGAUAACGGUGGCACCUUUCUACACUUUAAAAACUACCAGAACUCCUGCAUCAGUGAUCCUGUUCUAUGCGGUCUUGAGGGUAUCACAUUCUCCUUCUUUUGGAAAAACCAAAAGGCCAGUUCCAACUUCGCCGUAGCGUCCGGAGCAAAAGUUAUCUCCAAUGGCUUCUCAGUCUUUACAGACUCUCAAAAAGGAUUUGUGGAGCUUAACACGCGAGACAAACACAGAUGGAUAGCGGAAAUUCCCAGUUCAGGCCCAUAUUGGACACACGUUCUAUUCACUUGGACCAAAAAGGACGGCCUAAAGGUCUACAUCAACGGGACCUUCUAUGGAGCUGAUUCAAGCGGCCGUGACUCAGAGAACUCUGGGGACCACAGUUCUGAUGUUUUCCUUAAAACUGAGAACAACAGGGCGCAUCGUCACGUAACACGGGCCUUCGAUGAAUUUAUCAUCUGGAACAGGGCCCUUUCCCCCCAUCAGAUCAAACUCUAUUACGGUGCAGCUGUAGGUCAGGAUAUGGUUUCUGCCACAACACACGGAAAUGCCUUGGAUGCCCCCACAACUGCAGCCACGGCCAGAGCUUUUGAAGUGAGUUCUCCUGUCAUCAGCAGUCAUCAGGAGGUGGUCCAAAGCUCCCAGGGGCCAAACACUGUUCCUGCGCUGGACUUCCUCAGCACACUGCCCAACAGGACAAUUCCUAACAACGCCGCCAACAACUUCACACAGGCUUUCCUCAAAAGUGUGGAAGAAGUUCUGUCCUCUCCAGGAUUGCCAGAGCAGUCCGGCCCGGUGGUCAGCAGUUUGAUUGAGACAGUGGACAUAGUGAUGGGACACAUGGUGACCAAGCUGGAGUUCAGCUCCAGCUCUCCCUUUACCCUGGGUGGAAAGUCUUUGGUUGCAGAUUACUCUCUGAUGAAACUGCCACAGAACUUCAAUCUGUCACAUUACCGCUUUCCCACACAGGGGAAGAACUACAUCUCGGUACCCGGGGAGGCAUUUACAAUGCAGACUCAAACCACCAUUGUUGGCCUCUUCUACCACAACAUGCAUAAGUACUACAAAGAAAUCAGCCCCGUCAAGACAAGGAUUACCGAAGCAGCCGACUACAAGGAUCACAAGAUACAGGUAGCAAGCUGCCUGAUCUCUCUGAAAGUGGAGCCUUUACCGGCGUUGUUGGCCAACCAUUCGGGAGCACCGCUCAUCAAGAUCGUCCUCACCCAUGUUCUGACAAAAGAACAGCAAGACCAAAUGCUAAACCAAAGCAAUAAAGUCUUCCUCUACUGUGCCUUUUUGGACUACAGUACCAAUGAGGGAGUGUGGUCCAAUGAAGGGUGUGUCCGUUCAGAUGGAAACAUGUCGUAUUCUGUGUGUAUGUGCAACCAUCUUACCAAUUUCGCCAUCCUCAUGCAAGUAGUGAACUUAGAGCUCUCCACUGGCCACAAGAUGGCGCUGUCAACCAUCGGGUAUAUUGGCUGUUCAAUCUCCAUCUUCUGCCUUGCCAUCACUCUGGUUACAUUUGCAGUUCUUUCGUCUGUCAGUACCAUGCGUAAUCAGCGCUACCAUAUUCACGCCAACCUGUCCUUCGCCAUCCUGGUGGCAGAGAUCCUACUGCUCAUCAGCGCCCGCUUUGAACCAGGCACGCUGCCCUGUAAGGUCAUGGCCAUCCUGCUUCACUUCUUCUUUCUGAGCGCGUUUGCCUGGAUGCUGGUGGAGGGUCUACAUCUCUACAGCAUGGUGGUGAAGGUGUUUGGCUCUGAAGGAAGCAAACACUUUUACUACUACGGCAUUGGAUGGGGUUCUCCGCUGCUGAUCUGUGUUGUGUCUGUAACAUCGGCCCUUGGCAGUUACGGAGACAACUGCUGGCUGUCACUGGAGACGGGAGCCAUUUGGGCCUUUGUGGCACCUGCUCUUUUUGUCAUUGUGGUCAACAUAGGCAUUCUGAUAUCUGUGACGAGAAUCAUAUCAAGAAUCAGCGGGGAGAAUUACAAGGUUCACGUAGAUGCUAAUGCGGUCAAGCUCACAGUCAAAGCGGUAGCGGUGCUCCUGCCCAUACUCGGCAUUUCCUGGAUCUUUGGAGUUCUUGCUUUCAACACACACACUACUGUGUUUUUAUAUAUUUUUGCUGUGUGUAACUCAUUACAAGGGUUCUUUGUCUUCUUGUUCCACUGUCUUCUUAACUCUGAGGUAAGAGCUGCGUUCAAGCACAAAACCAAGGUUUGGUCUCUCACCAGCAGCUCUAUAAGAAACAUCAAUGUGAAACCAUUCAACUCUGAUAUUAUGAAUGGAAACAAGGAGGGUGUAUCUCCCACUAAGAUGAACACGUGGGACAAAAGCACCAACUCGGCCAACCGCUUUGACCUCUCCGCUGUGUAAAAAAGAAAUCUGUUUGUCUGUGACAAGAGAGCAAUCUGUGGCUCACUUGGGUGGAAAAAGCAAACACUGGCCAGAGUAUUCCUCCACUCCGUUAUUAAAUGAAUUGGAUUUUAAGUUGUAUGAUAUGUUCAUGCUUAAGGACAAACAGACUUGUUGGACUGCGCUCUAAUUUUUCUCCCACAAAAGAUCUUUUGUGUUACUCUUUCUGAGGAGAGGUCCACAAUGUGCCGGAUGAAUCCGUGAGUAGAACAGGGUUUAGCAAAAACAACGCAACGCAUGCAGGAAUACCCUCGAUCAUUGUUUACACCAGUGACUAAGAGGGCGGUUCAUCAGAUAAACUAAACCUGCUCGUUUCUAGAGCAAGACCAAAAUGAGCCACUGGGCCAAUGGUUCUGUUUCUAUUGUCUUAGUUUCCCCACUAUAUUAAUAGAUUGUGAAGAAAAAAAAGUUUUCCAGCUGCUUCUAAUUUUUCCUUAGCAAUGAAUGGUUACAUUUAUGAUAAUGGCUAACACUCCACGGGCCUUUAUGUACAUAUAUAUGCUAUUACACUGUAUAAAACUGCAACUGAGUGAUUGGCAAAACCUGAAAAAAAACUGUGAUAUAGUUCACUGGUCUCUGCACAAAUGGGGCAAUCAAAACCUCCUAUAUUCAAAGAGAUAACUCUCAUUAUCUCUUUUAGGUAAGUGAAACACGAUUACAGAAAUAACACAUGCUCUCAGGUCAGGUGAAACAAGGCUACAUUAGAGGAAUAAAAUUAAAUUAAUGGCUAAAAAAAGUCAUUAAUGGUAAAAAAAAAAAAAAUGUGCUUAAAAUCUUUGAAAUACUAAAGGCACCAGGUGGAGUACGUAGCUUCAGAAACCAUUUCUGUCUUUACAUGUGAAACACAUGUUUUAGCUUUUAGCUGCUGAGACCAUGAGAGGAUCAGGAGACACGAAAUAUGAAUUGAACCUUAGAUCCUCUGAAUAAUAUGAAUUGUUCAGAGGAUCUAAGGUUUGUUCUGGUAGAGUAAGUCUGAAGAAGUUCAGAAACAUACCUGAUGUGUAUGAAGCCUAAAAAAAAAAAAGAAAAACUCCUUUUCUCCUUCACCUGAACCACUGAAGGUAAUGAGAUAAUGCUGAUUGUUUUUAGUCCCAGGCAGAUGUAUUGCUCACAUGAAAAUUCACAAAAUGACUUUCUGACACCACUACUCAACCCCUUGCCAAUGUCCAACUUAGCUAAGGAAGUUUACAUCAUGCCAUUGCAAAAAAGGAUAAAAGUGAGCUGAACAGCAUAUCAGUUUAGAAACGUACAGUGGCUCUGAAACAUCUACACAUUCCAGUUAAAAUGCCAGGUUAUUUGUAAGGCAAAUAAAAAUGGCAACAAGACGAAUAAUUUAAAAAAUGUAUACCCUUAUUGUGAGAUUCAUCCUGUAUUGAUCAACUGAAAAAAAACAGCAAACCUGUUAGAGGGAGAAAUGUAAGCUGGGACGACCAGGUUAAUAUGAUGAACCACCUUUUGACUCCAGCACUCCGUCUUCUUGGGAACACAAACCUGCCAUCAGUUUUAAAGAAUCUGAUUAACCGAACAUAAAGCUGUCGAUUGGAUUUUCUUGUUUCUGUUUUUUUUUUUUUUUUUUUUACUUGCAUCCUUUAGCUAAUUCCAUAGAUGGUGAAGAAAGGGUUAACAAAGAUCAAAAACAUUUUUAUGGUACAAAGGUAUCAGUCAGGAGAAGAUUUAAAAAACAACAACAUUUUAUACACAUUAGCAAAUACAGUCAUCAAUAGCGUGAUACAAUAUGAAACGGCAGUGACAUCAUUCAGAUUGGAUAUUUUUAAAUGAUUGACGAAUGUCCAAGAGUGAAACUGAUGAGGGAGGCUGGCAAGAGCCAGACAGUAACACUGAAGAAGUUGGUGGAAACUCUGGUUAGUACAUCAGCCUCCUGUGUUUUCUGUGUUUGGAGCAGGAAGAAGGGCUAAAAGAAUCCCUUUCCUCCCAAAAACCUUUUAUGGUUUGAUGCAGGCACACUGGAUCCUUUGGCCACAAUUUUUUAAAGCCUACGCUUGGAUACAGCAAAAACAGCAACAUCACCAAAGGAAUGGAAAGGAGUUACUUGUAACAUGUGGAGCUACACUUUUUGCGAAGAUGAAAGAAAUUCCAAAUACCAUUUAGUUUUGACCCAAAACCCUUCAGUGUCAGCUAAGACGUUGAAAAUAGUGGGAGCAACGCAAGUUUAUUUAUAGCACUUUUCAGUAACAAGACGAUUUAAAGUGAUUCAGCGUCACUGAGAGUCUAAGUAUGCAUCCAAAUCAACAAACGUCAGCCUUCGAGAGAAAAUAAAUGUACGUUUUUGGAUGUCGUAGCCAGACACUAGUUUGGCAGAGAAACAUUUGGGUUCAGCUUGAAGAAGGCUGCGUACAACACAACCUUGUCCUUACAAUCUGUGAGAUUUGGGGAAAUUUUGCCAGGUAGAGUGGGCAACUCUUGCCAAGCUGUGGGAUGUUGUCUAUAUCCUACCGAAGAAGGCUGAAUGCUAAAAUUGAAUCAACAGGAGUGGAUCCACACUUAGGCAACUAGUUUGUUGCAACUUUUUCUACCGUACAUUUAUUGAAUUAACAUUAAUCAAAGUUUUCAAAUGAUUUUUCACCUUCUGUUUUUUUAUGUCACAAAAAUCUACCGUUUUUAUGGGACGUAAAGGUUUUACAUCCACAGGGUGCACCAUUAGAAUAACAAGAAAAUUCAAUAUUUACUUUAAGUUAGAUGAAAUGCAACGGGCGCCGUAAUCAGGUGACCAGUUAUCCAAGUUUUUCUCUUUAUUGAUCUGUUAAAUAAAAUAAAGGUAUGUUUUCUUUCAGUGUUAAGACAUAAGAUUAGCACUAAUCUUUUCAUAAAAAUGAGUUUGCUUUGUACAGCAAAUGGUUAUAUGACAUGUGCUUUCAAUUGCAGGCAGGAAUUGAGCAUAUUUAACUGUGCUAAGACAAGAAUUUUCAGAAUGUUCUUAGAUAUGUUUGCAUAAUCUUGGACCAAAAGACCAAGACAAUUAAACAUUCUGUUAUUUUAUGCUUUGAAAAUUAUGCCACACCAACUGUUAAUCUAUUUUGCAUCACAAAGGAUAAAGUGCAGAUUUUAUCCAUCUGAGGUCUAACAAAAAUAACUUAAAUGACACAGCUAUAUUCCAGUUUUGGGAACAGCACAAAAUAACAACCAUUUGAUAGAUAUAUAUUUAUUUAUGUUGUGAUUCUGAGUAUUGUAUUGUGUCCUCUUGGAACUUUGUUACAAUUGCAAAAUUACUAUUCACUGUUUUUCUUUGUUUAAUUAUUUUCCUUCUUGAAAAAUACUUGUUGGAAUAUUAUCUGUACCUCACUAGCUGCAAAUGCUUUUUAAAGAACAGUGAAUACUGUUCAUGUAUUCCACAAAAGUCUGUGAAAUGUGUGUUUUGAAGCAUAUAUCAGCAACAAUUAACUAAAUUUUCAUGUUACAAGAAGCAAGAAUCAUGUUUUACUGCAGACGGCUGAGGUUGAUUAGGAUCGGCAUUUUCUUUCUGAAAUACUUUGUUAAACUUGUCCUUUAUCGUACACUGUGCCAACAAUUCUGUUUCUUAUAUACUGUAACUUGGUCAGCACUUUUAAAAAGGCAGAAUAAAGUUAAAUAUUUUAGAAUUUGUA